AUGGCGCCGCCACGGGAUCGUGAGGACGACGAGUUCGCACCUAUAUCAGAUAUCACGUCGCAAUUAGAACGGCUUUCAUCGUCACCGCAGAUAGCUGAAGAAGCAAUCGCUCGUGAUUACGAAGAAGAUGACUCGCCUUCCGAGGACGAGAUUGAGUCAGACACGGAUGGCUCGUCCACUGUCCGCCAAUUUUCCAUGAUAAACUCCUACCAACGACCGAGCUACAUGAACCCAGGAGCUCGUGCAACGGUCUUCUCUUCCAGUAUGCCGAGGGAGAAUUAUCUGUCUGAUCAGCAUCAGAAUUGGAAAAAGCAUAGCUAUUUGAGCAAGAAAGAGCGAGAGGCGGUGCGCGAGCAGGAGCGCAGCUUACUCCGUGACAACGAUUUACUUCCGCCAAAACACCCAAGGAGAGGAAGUGAAAGCGGCGCCUAUGACUCCAUAGCACGAAAGUUGAGUCUGCCUGGGCUGCGGAAGACGAAGAGUGCUACUGCCGACAAUCGGCAGGAGUCUGAUGAACCAAAUGAGAGAAAUCCACUUCUGGGAGACCCGAAUUUACCAUAUGCGGGCCUAGACACGCCGAGGACCAUAGCACAGCGGUUCGACGAGGCGGUUGCGUCAGGGCGACUGAAGGCUACCUGGCAGCGAGAAACGAAGGUGUUGCUAAAGAGCUCGGCACCGCUCAUAUUGACGUUUUUGUUGCAGUAUAGCUUGCCCGUGGCGAGUAUCUUCACGGUGGGCCACAUUGGCAAGAUUGAGCUGGGGGCUGUGAGUCUGGCUAGCAUGACGGCUUCUAUCACGGGCUAUGCGGUAUAUCAAGGCCUUGCCACCUCUCUCGACACUCUUUGCGCCCAAGCCUACGGUUCCGGCCGCCCUCAUCUGGUGGGUCUGCAGUUGCAGCGAAUGCUCUACUUCCUCUGGGUAAUCACAAUUCCAAUUGCAAUCAUUUGGGCUUGUGGCCCACAGAUCCUAUCUCACAUAGUCCCUGAGAAAGAAACCGCACGCCUAGCCGGUCUUUACCUACGCAUCUUGAUCGCCGGAGCCCCAGGCUACGCCGCGUUCGAGGCCGGGAAGAGGUACCUGCAAGCUCAAGGCCUGUUCUCUGCUAACAUGUACAUCCUCCUGUUUUGCGCGCCACUCAAUGCCCUUAUGAAUUACAUCUUCGUGUGGCGCCUUGAAUGGGGUUUCGUCGGUGCCCCGAUCGCCGUGGCAAUCACUGAGAACAUCAUGCCGGUCAUGCUCUUCUGCUAUGUGCGUUUUGUAGACGGCUACCAGUGCUGGGGUGGCUUCGAUCGACGCGCGCUCAAGAAUUGGGGUCCCAUGAUCCGGCUCGCGGUCCCAGGCCUCGUCAUGGUCCUCGCGGAGUUCCUUGCCUUCGAGAUCCUCACGCUGUCGUCUAGCUGGCUGGGUCCGACGACGCUCGCUGCCCAGUCGAUCUUGGGUUCGGUUACAGGCAUCACCUUUCAGAUCCCGUUCCCAAUGAGCGUGGCGGCCUCGACUCGGAUUGCGAACCUCAUUGGGGCUACAUUACACGAGCAUGCGAAGAUGGCUGCCAGAGUAGCGUUGGUUUUCUCCGUCGUGGUUGGCAUAUUCAACCUCCUGCUUCUGUCCCUGCUUAGAAACUACAUCCCUAAGCUAUUUACCCCGGAAGACGACGUCAUCGACCUUGUGGCUUCGCUGCUCCCGCUCUGCGCUGCCUUUCAGCUGUUCGACAGUAUGCAGGCGAAUUGCAACGGUAUUCUGCGUGGGAUAGGCAAGCAGGAGAUCGGUGGGUAUAUCGCCCUCUUUGCCUAUUAUAUCAUCGGCAUGCCGAUUAGCUUUGGGCUCGCUUUUGGCGCCGGCUGGGGUCUAUGGGGUUUGUGGACGGGACCGGCAAUUGCGCUAGGUGUCGUUGCUGCUAUCGAAGGGUUCUAUAUCUACAAGACGAGCUGGGAGAGUGCGGUUGCGGCGGCGGAAGCACGGAAUGCGAUGGAUGAGCGCAGGGUGUAA